UCAUUAUAAUACACAUCUUAUGUACUGUUUACGAAGUGUUAAAUAGGCCACAGAUAGAGGAAUAAUAUAUACAUGUAAUUAGGGGUUGUACAAAAUACAUAAAAAUAAAAGCAGUGCGUAAUUGUUCUGAAUGUAUAAAAUAUUGUGUAUAAAAUAUCAGCCGUUAUUUACAUAGUUUGCUAGUUUUUCUGACUUGUAACCAACAUGCCUAUCGGAAAUAUUUUCAAGAAAGCAUCAAGUUUUAUACUAGGUGAUGAGAAAAGUGAAAAAAUCGAUAUUUCAUAUGAAGAUAACGAAAUACUUUUUUGCAAAAAUAACGUUUGUAUUCACCCACCUAUUGUGGCUAGACAACAGUGCGACAUAUUGCAUUAUCCAGGGUAUUUAACAGUUACAACGAAAACCUUUACUGAUCAACACAACAGCGCUAAACGGCCAACGUUGUUUUUAUCAUGGAUUCCAAAUUCGUCAUUGUGCAAAUAUCCAUAUUCGGAGGAAAUGGCUUCUUCUCAAUGCCAUUCAAGUCAGAAUAUAGUAACGGAAAUCCAUCCAAACAUCGAAGUCGUAGCCAAACAUGACAAUGUGGGCAACCCCUCUAGUGAUGACCCCAACGUUGAAUCAAAUUUAACCAUUAAAGAUGAUGAUGUCGCAACAAGUUCCGAUAUGCGAGAACUUCGAAACGAAUUGCAGCCCCUUUUAGGAGGAAAGAAGGCAUCAUUGCACGAUUUGGAAGCAUUAAUUAAAAAAAAUCCUAUAACUUCUGUGAAUAUAACUAUUUCCAAUCCACAAAUUGAAAAUGCAAAUAUACCACAAACAUACAAUUGUAUUGUAGUUAAUGAAAGGAAUAGUCACCAUGUGGAAUCUGAUGGAUCUGUUUCAGAUGACAAUAAUCCAAAUUGGAUGACACCCGAGUUGCUGGCCUUUAAGCAUAAUCUUGCAUUUCCAGAUAGCACAAAUAGUACUCCAACAAUACGUCGGAAAUCAACCAUGAAAUGUAGAAGAUUUUCCGUGGAUUUGAGUCAGAUGCGUUCUCUACGGUUAUUUUUUAACGAUAACUAUUGUACAUCAGGACAGCUAGUAAUAGCUUCAAGGGAAUCCCAAUAUAAAAUUUUACAUUUUCACUACGGAGGACUUGAUCAUUUAGCACAGGUUCUGCAUCAAUGGCAUUGCUUUCUUCACAAUAUUUCAAACGCUGCAAGCUAUGAUAAACAACAAACUCAAUACCGCCAAUUUAUGGUAUGUCGACCAGAAGUAAAAAAAUCUGAAAUGCAUCCAGACGAAGGCACUGUUCAAAAAAUUACAACAAAUUAUUUUUAUGGUACAUUGCUUAAUGAAAAAGGACAAAUAGACGACGAUUUGAUGUUACGAAAAUGUGUUUUUUUCGGAGGUCUUGAGAAAAGCCUGCGAAAAACAGUGUGGCCAUUUCUUUUGAGGUGCUAUUCUCUCUCAUCAACUUUUGAGGAUCGUGCUGUCUUUAUGGAUAUAAGAAAACAGGAAUAUGAGGACCUUACAAGGAGGCGAACAUAUUCUAUGUCACCCGAAGAGCAAAUUCAUUUUUGGAAAUCAGUUCAAUGUGUGGUUGAGAAAGAUAUAAUACGCACCGACCGUUUAAAUCCGUUCUUUUGUGGUGAAAACAAUCCCAAUACUGAAAUUAUGAAAAACAUUUUAUUAAAUUAUGCAUUCUAUAACACUGGUAUGUCCUAUUUUCAAGGAAUGAGUGAUCUACUGGCUCCAUUGUUGUGUGAAAUACAAAAUGAAUCGGAGUCAUUUUGGUGUUUUGUGGGUUUAAUGCAAAGAGCUCAUUUCGUGUGCACCCCUACUGAUAAUGACAUUGAUCGUAAUUUAAAAUUUCUACGUGAACUUAUUCGUAUUAUGCUACCACGUUUUUUUGCCCACCUUCAAUUACAUAGUGAUGCAAUGGAAUUAUUAUUCUGUCACCGCUGGCUUUUGUUAUGCUUUAAAAGAGAAUUUACUGAAGCUGUGGUCAUACGCAUGUGGGAAGCAUGCUGGUCAAAUUACUUAACGGAUUACUUCCAUCUUUUCCUUUGUUUGGCAAUUAUAGCUGUUUAUGCGGAUGACGUCAUUGCUCAAAACUUAAGAGCUGACGAAAUGCUACUGCACUUUAGUUCUCUUGCAAUGUAUAUGGAUGGUCAAUUAAUAUUGAGGAAAGCACGAGGAAUGUUACACCAAUAUCGACAAUUACCAAAAAUUCCUUGCACGCUCGCAGGACUGUGUAAACGUUGUGGCCCAGGAAUGUGGGAUUCAGAACAUAGACCAGCAAUAGAGUGCAUUGGACACACGGAUGACGAAAAAUGUUCACUGGCUAUAGAUUAGUUUACUGCAUACAUGUAAUAUGUUUUACGGAAAAUAAUAAUCUGGUAAAAAAGAAUAAAAUAUGCUAAAUGUUCCACUAUUAUUACACACCAAAAAUGUUACUGCUUAAAGCCAUAUUGCAUUAUUAAAUAUAUUUAAAAACUCUGUUAUUCUUUUAUUUACAUAAUCUACAAUAAAAACAUAUAGCAGAGCUACAAAUUCAUA